CUCCUCGAGCCCGCCUGGCCCAGACGUGUCCGGGAGACAGUCGGAGGAGUCCAGCCUUCACACCGGUUAAAUAAGCUGGUGUCAGAGACGGAGCAGCUCCACACUGUGAGCACAUUAGCAGUGUAAGGACUCACAGUCGGCUCCUCACAUGAACCUGCUGUUCUCUCUGGAUGUGUCAGACAUUUUCUCCCUCCAACACUCUGUGACCAACACGGCACGUGAACAGGACAUCUAGAAACUUGUCCAUCUUUUUUCUUUUCUUUUCUUUUUGUCUCUUUUCUUUUUUUUUUAAUGGUACCAUGUCGUCUUUGCCAGGAACGGUACCGCGGAUGAUGCGCCCGGCUCCCGGACAGAACUAUCCCCGCACUGGGUUCCCUCUGGAAGUGUCCACACCUUUAGGCCAGGGACGGGUCAACCAGCUCGGAGGGGUCUUCAUUAACGGACGGCCGCUGCCCAACCACAUCCGACACAAGAUAGUGGAGAUGGCCCACCAUGGAAUCCGGCCCUGCGUCAUCUCCCGACAGCUGCGGGUCUCCCACGGCUGCGUCUCCAAGAUCCUCUGCCGCUACCAGGAGACCGGGUCCAUCCGGCCCGGAGCGAUCGGAGGCAGCAAGCCCAGGCAGGUGGCCACGCCGGACGUGGAGAAGCGGAUAGAGGAGUACAAGCGGGACAACCCCGGCAUGUUCAGCUGGGAGAUCCGGGACAAGCUGCUGAAGGACGGUGUGUGUGACAGAAGCACAGUCCCUUCAGGUGAGGCCUCCCCUGUGAGCUCCAUCAGUCGUGUACUUCGAGCUCGAUUUGGAAAAAAGGAUGAUGAGGAUGAGUGUGAUAAAAAGGAUGAAGACGGAGAGAAGAAAACCAAACACAGCAUCGACGGAAUCCUCGGCGACAAAGGCAGUCGGAUGGAUGAAGUCUCGGACGUGGAGUCGGAGCCUGACCUCCCCCUGAAGAGGAAGCAGCGCAGGAGUCGGACCACGUUCACAGCUGAGCAGCUGGAGGAGCUGGAGAAGGCUUUCGAAAGAACCCACUACCCUGACAUCUACACCAGGGAGGAGCUAGCCCAGAGGACCAAACUGACUGAGGCCAGGGUCCAGGUGUGGUUCAGCAAUCGAAGGGCCAGGUGGCGAAAACAAGCCGGAGCCAAUCAGCUAGCAGCAUUCAACCACCUGUUGCCGGGUGGAUUUCCUCCCACAGGAAUGCCGACACUUCCUACAUACCAGCUGCCAGAGUCUGGCUACCCGACCAACAGCCUGUCCCAAGAUGGCGGUGGAACAGUUCACCGUCCCCAGCCCUUACCUCCAUCCACCAUGCACCAAGGCGGUCUAUCCGGCACUGACAACGGCUCCGCCUACGGUCUGGCCUCCAACCGCCACGGCUUCUCCAGCUACUCGGACACUUUCAUGAGCUCUGCGGCACCGAACAAUCACGUCAACCCUGUCGGCAAUGGACUCGCCCCUCAGGUGAUGAGCAUCCUCAGUAACCCCAGCGGCGUUUCCUCGCAGCCGCAACACGACUUCUCCAUUUCACCGCUCCACAGCGCCUUGGACUCCUCUCCAUCCAACGCCAUCUCAGCCAGCUGCAGCCACCGUUCAGCCGAGGCCUCCAUCAAGACGGUGGACAGCCUCCCGUCAUCCCAGUCCUACUGUCCCCCCACAUACAGCACCACCAGCUACAGCAUGGACUCAGCUGUGGCAGCCGCCGGCUACCAGUACAGCCAGUACGGCCAGACUGCUGUGGAUUACCUGGCGAAGAACGUCAGCCUGUCCAGUCAGCGCAGGGUGAAACUGGCCGACCACUCAGCUGUACUGGGACUGCUGCAGGUCGAGACGGGCCAGGCCUACUAACACUCACCUGACACAUCUAACAACAUGACACCUGGUCACCAGCACAAGCCGCACCUCCUACUACCAUCCACACGAAUCUCCCAGUAGGCGUGUGUGUGUGUGUGUGUGUGUGUGUGUGUGUGUGUGUGUGUGUGUGUGUGUUGGGGCUGAUAUUUAGCUUUUUUAUACUUUGUGUUAUUGUUUCUCCAGAGUUUAAGGUUUGAAUGAAGCAGCUUUAAACAUUCCUCACAGGACCAAACGAACCCACAGCGAGGAUCCACUGUCCCACUGAGGAGUUUCUAACCACAGAGAGGCACCAUGUGACCUUCAGCCUCACAGUGUCACCUCACACAACCUGGGACGGGUGUUUGUUAUCAAGUGAUGUCCUCACUGUAUCGCAAAAUGCUUUUUCCAUGUGAGAAUGACUCACAGGUGACUUCAGGUUGUUUUCUAAAAUGUCUGUGUCCAAACAGCUGAUCAGCAGUUAUAGCUGCGCUCCUCCUCCGCCUCUGUGGGUUGGUGUGUUCAGACUGAACGAUGAGCACGUUACUCGAUGUGAAACACUUUUAUCUUAUCCAGAUGUGUUUUUUUCUGGAUGCACAUCUGUUUGUGUCCAUUGUGUCGUCACAGUCGGUCUGAACACCUGAAGGAAACACUCAUGACCGCUACCUCAGACUCGACAUCACAGCUGGGUGGUGACAGGCUAAACCACUGGAGGUCAGCAACAACAGCAGCACUGCUGAACACAAACAGACUGAUCCACUUCACAGAUACUGAAUAUCAGCAACCAAACAUUGGCAGCUUCAAUAACAAGCGUCAGCCUUCAGGAAUCUGUGCGUGUGUGUGUGCGUGUGUGUGUGUGUGUGUGUGUGUGAAGAGAGAAAGACUGAUGUGGACUAAUUCAUCCAUUAAGAGCAGUGUUUAUUGUUUGUCCCUCCCUCUGAGCUCCAGCAGCGGUUGGAGCAGCUGUCUCCACCUGUCUCCAGCCCGCUACCAGUCACUAAGUCCUUCUGUCUUCAUUUCAUUCUCUUGAUUCUACUUCAUUAACGUCCUUACACAUAUCUAUGGAAACAACCGUUGGGUGACACAAUGACAAGACAACAUCAACCAUCAGCCUGUAGAUGAGACAUCAGUUUGGUUUAGUUAGUGAAUCUCCUACAGUCACUCUUUGAUACCUACUAAAUGAUACAUGUCUUCUAACAUAUCAGACAGAACGUCCACUGCAACACGUUUAUCAGUGACUUCUUGCAAUAAUCUGCCCCUGACAACUGAAGUAGUAUGAAGUGUGUUCCUCACAGCUCACCGUUGAGCUGUGAGGGAAAAAAAAUCAGGAGAGUGUAUCAGUGAUAAAGUAAAUUCUCAGAUAAUGUUACCUUUAAUUACCUCAACAACAGAGAGACCCAGACUUUAUUAAUGAUCUGCUCCUGUCUUCAUUUGCUGUUCCCUUUUGAUGUUCAGCUGCCAUCUCGUUAAGUUCAGUUUAAUAUGCACACACUGCACAGUGAACAUCCAUCAGUACAGGUUUCUGUUUGCUGUGUCAGUACAUAAAUGUUUCAAAUUAAAACCCUGUAGCAAAGAGCGCCACUCGCCUCUUUUAUUGUGAAAUAUCUGCCGUAGUUUAACAGCAAAGAAAAAACAACUGAAAGUGUUUCUAUCUGGCCUUAGAUUAGACGGUAAAAAUGACUCAUAAUACAAACAUUUUAUCAUUCAGAAUGUAUUCAGAGAUAAAUGAUCGUUCUGACUUGUAAUAAAAGAAUUACAGGUUUUUUGACGAUGAAGCCAUUUGCCACUUUGAAUGGUUCCAGUGAGGAUGUGUGGAGCAGUCAGACUCACUUUAAUCAAUGCACUGACCAAAGGGACGACUCCUCAUCGCUCCAGUCCUCCUGAGCUCCGUCCACUGCAGGACGAUAACUGGAUCAUUCCCCUCACAUCAUUCCACACAUAAGAAAGUGCACACGAACAAUCAAACAUGCCUUUGCUUUAUAAGUCCUGUUUCUUUCUGUCACUUUUGUUCUGUAUUUGAUGCCGUUCCAGACAGAUGCUCAGUGUUUGAUCCUGGGCUCAUGUGAAGAUGAUGACAUUCCCAUAGAAACCCAUGAUGAGGGCAGCCCAUCCAUCACGGCCUCACACGUUAUCACACCAUCCCUCUAAGAGCCGUGGGACCUGUGUGGACGUUGGCUGUGUUAACAGUCUACCUUGUGUAUAUAUAUUUUUUCACUGAUGACAAACCAAGGAGAACAUUAAGGAUCAAAUGUACAGACGUGCUGACUGACCCCGCCCCUCCUGUUUACCUCUUGGUCCUUGCUCUGCUUGUUUUGUUCUGCUUUCUGUUGGCAUGUGUGUAAUAUAAUUUAUUCUACCUGUAUGAAGAAUUAGACUAGUGAGAAUUUUGUAUUGGCAUUUACUCCCUCAGCCUCUUGGUGUGUCACUGUAACACUGGCGUAACUGUCUGUUCAUUAAAGCUCUACAACUGGACCAAGA